AUGGGUGCCAAAGAGAAGACAACUAUUCCAAAAGGAAUAUUUGUCAAGAUCUGUUGUCAGCUUGAGGUGUUGUUUUUGCCAAUGGUCAAUGGAAAAUGUAUUGCGGAAAUUGCUAACAAGAUAUGUCAGGUUCCAAGAAUUGCAAAAUAUCCUGUGGGAAUCAAAUCCCGCGUAGAGGAAGUAAAAUCGUUGUUGAAAGUUGAAUCUGGCGGUGUUUAUUUUAUCGGGUUGUGGGGAAGGUGCGGUGUAGGGAAGACAACAGUUGCCAGAGAAAUUUUUUAUGAGAUCUCUUGCCAAGGUUCUUUUUCCAGGGAAAUGAACACUUCUAUCCUGAAAAAAAAAAAGAGAAACUAUUUAUGA